AAACUAUAGGACUUUUUUUUUUUAGAAAAGACCCCCCCCCCCCCCCCCCCUCCCACACUCGUUCCCCUCCUAACAAUAUCGUCCGCUUUCUAAAGGCCUGUGAGUGGAAACUGAAGGAGGCAGAGAAAGCUUUACUCAACACAGUGGAGUAUCGUCGACAGACUCGACCACUGACACAAGACUGCCACUGGUGUCGCGACAGGCCAGGGUUUCACUCUAUGCGACAAAUUGGACACGAUGAGUCGGGUCGCCCUGUGGUCUACGCCAACUUCUGCCAGGCCUCGGUGAGGAAGAAUAACGCUGAAGACAUUAUCGGCCACGUGACCUACCUUAUAGAGAACGCCAAGGCUACCAUGGAGAAUGGAGUAACUACCUGGGUUUUAUCAUUGACUGUACAGGUGAGUUCUUGUGUGUUUGUCUUUGAGUGUACAGAUAUGACCCUGAGUGCCUGCAACCCAAAGCUAGGCUUUAGUAUAAACAACGUUCUCAGCAGUCACUACCCAGAGAGGUUAGGCCUGGUCAUCUGCGUCAACCAUAACUCUUUAUUCCACGGAGUCUGGAAGGCGCUGAAGAAGCUCUUGUCACCCGGAACGGUGGCCAAGGUCAAGCUGGCGCGAACUGACACCAAAAUCCAGCAGCUUUUCUCCAACUACUUCUCAGAAGAACUGACCUCCUGGUUGAUGGAAGAGAUCGCACUAAACCGUGAAAAACCAAUCUCCAUAGGACAAAGAGAAUUCUGGAACCCGCCAGCGAACCCCAAAACCCACGAUCCUCGAGGUUGCCCAACCUACAUCCACCAGUACAUCCUUCCAGCACAGCAUCAGGACUUAAAGUUUAUUCCAGGGCAGAAGAAACUGCACUGUCCCCAUCCCAAUAUACUCGAUGCUCUUAGGUCAACGGUUGUGGCCUUGCCUUCUCUGGGGGAACCAGAAGAGGAGUCGGUAGACAUUUACGCUGAUGGAGAAACUGCAAGCUUCAACGCUGGAGAAGAUCUGUCAAACUUCGACAACGAUCUCAGCAUGUCUGAUGACGACAGUCCGGAACCAGACGACGUGAUUCAAAGUCCAAACGGCGAUACAACUGACAAGGUUGGAACACAGAAUUUAGUUCAUAGAUGA